AUGGAGGGCACUUGUCACCGGCAGUGCGCCAGGCAGACGGACGGACACAGUUGCAGCAUCUUUGCCAUUCCAGCGACGGCUCGCGGUGACGCUGACAGACUGGCAUCUCUCAAGCUCCUGGUGCCUUGUGCCCCUCCGAAUGUUACAUCGCACACACCUUUGGAACAGCUUGGCGACUCAGUCGAUAAUACGCCUGUCGAUAUACUAAAGACGGAUCCGGACGGAAAUGGGCACGCAUGCGUCCCAACGCCAGUCCCAUUCCAAGUUACCCAAACGCCAGAGGUCAAAAUGCAACACCAUCUGCCAGCAGUGGCGGCAGUGGAAACAGCCCUUGUGUCAACACCGCCGAGGGACAAGAAGGGUGCCGACUCUUCAACGGCAGCCUUCGCUCUUCUCACAGAUAUGGCGCCGGACUACGUCAAUCAUAUGAAGGCCGCAGCCAGCCUCAGGCCUUCAGUCGCCGCCAAGUUGCAAGCCGAGAAAAAAGCCAUCUCCAGAAAGUUGUCCCAGGUCAACCAUUUGCGAGAGACGUACGACGGUAUAGAGCAGCUGUGCGCCCGCCGCGUCGAGACGGACGGGGAGAUACAGCGCUUGGACCUAGAGAAGACCAAGUGCGACAAAGACAUGUCGGCGCUGUGGUCCGUGGCAACCAGCACUAAUGGCAUACCGUAUCCUCUCGUGAGAUUGAGAAAACGCUAG